AAUUAUCUCUCAGCUCUUCUUUGUAAUCCGUAAUUGAUUAAUGGUGGUUGCCUUCUCUCUUCCUUUAUCGAUCCAUUUGCCAUCGCUUCUUCAGUCAUAAUAAAAGGAGGUGGUGAUGGAUGGAUGGUGUGUUACAGCUCCUUAUGACAAUGACAGGAAGAAAUGACUAAUUGAUGGGCACAUCAUCUGGCUCUAACAUUCAACACCCUUCAUAAAAAAUGCUUCCUCCACGACAGCAACCGUGUGCAGCUGGACUACAAACAUCACUGUCCUUGGUGUCUUCGGAUCUUCACUUGUCCCCUGACGCACAGGAACCAAGAUCAAAUUCUGAUAAUAUUCGUGAAUCUCCUACAGAAAGUGCUAGUUCACAAGAAACUUGGCCUACUGCUGAUGCCAUGAUGAAAAAGAAGAUGGAGAAUGACAAGGCAGAUAAUGAUUGCCCUGGACAGUCCAUCAUUCGUCGCGUCUCAGGUGCAGAUAAGAUUUCUUGUCGUGACAUAGCUGGGGAACGAGUUGACAUAAUCUCUGAGAAGAUGCAACAUUUACCUGAUGACUUUCUUGAUGAGCUAAAGAAUGGUCUUCGGGUUAUGCUUGAAGGAAGUGGUGGUUCACAGCACAGAGAGGAAUUUCUGAUUUUGCAGAAGCUUGUUCAUAAUAGGUCUGAUUUGACAGCAAAGACUUUGAUUAGAGCACACCGAGUACAGCUAGAAAUACUUGUUGCAAUAAACACUGGAAUUCAGGCAUUUUUGCAUCCAAGUAUUAGUCUCUCCCAAACUUCCCUGAUUGAGGUCUUUGUGUUUAAGAGAUGCAGAAAUAUAGCAUGCCAAAACCAGCUUCCAGCUGAUGACUGUACCUGCGAAAUAUGUGCCAACAAAAGCGGUUUCUGCAAUCUCUGCAUGUGUGUGAUCUGUAACAAGUUUGAUUUUGAAGUGAAUACAUGCCGUUGGAUUGGUUGUGAUUUGUGUUCUCAUUGGACUCACACAGAUUGUGCUAUUCGUGAUGGACAAAUUUGUAUGGGCCCAUCUUUUAAGAGUGGAGCUGGCCCUACUGAAAUGCUUUUCCGUUGCCGAGCCUGCAAUCGAACAUCUGAGCUCUUGGGGUGGGUUAAAGAUGUUUUCCAACACUGUGCACCAGCAUGGGAACGAGAGGCUUUAACAAGGGAACUUGAUUUUGUUAGUAGAAUCUUCCGAGGAAGUGAAGACCCAAGAGGGAGGAAACUCUUUUGGAAGUGCGAAGAACUUAUUGAGAAAAUGAAGGGUGGACUUGCAGAGUCAACAGCUUGCAGAGUGAUAUUGAUGUUCUUCCAAGAGCUUGAGGUGGACUCUCCAAGGAGCCUGGAAAAUGGGGAGGGUGGGAGGCUAAUAGCCCCGCAGGAGGCAUGCAACCGAAUUGCUGAAGUGGUGCAAGAGGCCAUAAGGAAGAUGGAGAUGGUGGCUGAUGAGAAGAUGAGAAUGUUUAAGAAAGCACGCAUGGCUCUUGAGGCAUGCGACCGUGAGCUGGAGGAAAAGGCCAAGGAAGUGGCAGAACUAAAGCUAGACAGGCAAAAAAAGAAGCUACAGAUAGAAGAGCUAGAGAGAAUUGUGAGGCUUAAGCAGGCAGAGGCUGACAUGUUCCAGCUCAAAGCCAAUGAGGCAAAGCGAGAGGCUGAGAGGCUGCAGAGAAUUGCGCUUGCUAAGACGGACAAAUCAGAGGAAGAAUAUGCUAGCAGUUACCUCAAGCUACGUUUAAGUGAAGCUGAGGCAGAGAAGCAAUAUCUAUUUGAGAAGAUUAAGCUGCAGGAGAGUUCACGUGCAUCACAAAGCAGUGGUGGGGCUGACCCUUCACAGGUGUUGGCAUAUUCCAAAAUCCAAGAAAUUCUUCAUGGGUACAAUGUCCCCCCAAAGACAGAAGCACAGCCAAACGAUCGCCACCAUUUCAGGUCAAAUCCCUGAAGAAGCUGGGUUGCUCCCCGCCACUUUUGCUCGUAAGUCAGUAAGCUUUUUCUCCACGUCAUGUUUGUACCCUGUCUUUCACGUCCUUCAUUCGGAAAGAAAAAGGGGGAUCGAUUUCAUCUAUAUCGAAACCCGCCUUCUGCCAACUUAUAUAGUAAGGAUUGACUGUGUUGUUUAGAAACGUUACUCUCGUUGAACAAGUGCGAAUGAAAUGCUGUUUGGAUUCAUUUGAAUGUU